GCCAACCGGCUCGUCCGCCCGUUGCCUGUCGUCGCUAUGGCCGCCGUGGAGGUGUGCGUGAAGGCCGCCGCGGGGAACCCCGACACGCUCGGCGAUUGCCCGUUCUCGCAGAGGGUGCUGCUCACGCUGGAGGAGAAGAAGGUCCCGUACGAGGUGAAGCUCGUCGACCUCGGCAACAAGCCCGAAUGGUUUCUGAACAUCAGCCCAGAGGGUAAGGUGCCUUUGUUCAACGGUGGAGAUGGCAAAUGCAUUGCUGAUUCUGAUGUAAUCACCCAAGUCAUUGAGGAGAAGUUCCCGACUCCUUCUCUGGUCACCCCUCCAGAAUAUGCAUCAGUGGGAUCAAAGAUUUUCCCAGCCUUUGUCAAGUUCUUGAAGAGCAAGGAUGCUAGUGAUGGGUCAGAGAAGGCGCUUCUGGAUGAGCUGCAGGCACUGGAUGAUCAUCUCAAAGCUCAUGGCCCCUACAUAAAUGGGGAGAACGUGUCAGCGACUGAUCUUAGCCUGGGGCCAAAGCUUUUCCACCUACAGAUCGCACUGGAGCAUUUCAAAGGCUGGAAGAUCCCAGAAAACCUAACCAAUGUCCAUGCCUACACCAAGGCUCUUUUCAGCCGUGAAUCUUUUGUCAAGACUAAGCCAUCCGAGGAGCACGUGAUUGCGGGAUGGGCGCCCAAGGUGAAUGCAUAAGAGCCUUGUGCUUUGGUGCUACCUGGUGGACUCCAUCCAUUUAUCUUAUCAGUCUUUGUCAGUGGUGUGGAUAGGUGUCAAGUCUGUAGCCUAGAUGCAUGAUUCAGUUGGAAUUAUGCAGUGCCGUGUCUCGAGUACUCAGUUCUGGCUGUUGCGGUUGUGCAUCUUACCUUCUGUUGCUGGUUUUGUUUGAGGCCAUGGGCAUCUCUUGGUCCUAUGCUGUGAGAGCGCUGUAAUGUGGGUACCAAAUAAUGGAGCUGCUUUUAUGCUUGUGGUGUGGAUUCUGUUGUGCCUUGCUUUCAUGAUUCUGUUUUCCUGUGGUGAAUUGGUGAUAGCCUGAGCAGCAGGUUAUCUUCUCCUAUAUAUCACAUAUUUCGGACCUGGUUUUUUUC